AUGGCUGCGGUAACACCAGCCAGAAAACAACCGAAUUUGAAGAAAUCACGUCUUAUGCAUAGCGAUGACCCGUUGUCUGAUGACGAGGAUUCGAAUAAGAUUCGCUCCUACAUUAAACCAAGUGAGUAAUG